ACUUUUUAAAGAAGUAGGCCUGUAAGAUUUCACCAUGCCUCAUUCUAUAUUAGAAACAUCUACUGAGUAUCAAGCAUUUGUUGAACUUCAUAAAUCGCAACUUUUAGUCAAUUGUGUACCUGAUCACCUUUGGCUGUCUCUGUACAAAAAAUUAAAAGCCGAGACAUUCGACUCAUUGGCUCAUUUUGGGUUACAAAAACUUAUUCAUGACGAAGACGGAGAAGACUAUAGCUGGAGAGUGGUGUGUACAUGUGAGAAUGGCUUAAGGAAAGAGGAUACAGAAGCUAUUUUCCUCGUCGAUCAUUGUUGGACAUUUGAAGUAGAAAAGGCAAGAAUGCAAUUGCGAGCUUUCCCCAACCUCGUAUCAAGAAUGACGCAGUUAAUGGAUAUAACCAAUGAAGAAGACCAAGAAAAAGAAGUUUUGCGAGAAAUGUGGAAAUUUUGCCAAACAUAUUCGUUGCACGAUCCGAUUACAGGGAAAAGUAAAAAUAUUUGGUAUAUAAUGGAUGAGUUUGGGUCAAGAAUCCAGCAUUGCGAUGAGCCGAACAUAAGAAUAGUGCCCUUUGUCUACCAAACAUCUGAGACAAUGUAUACAUAUUCUUUGUUAUAUUUAUUGAACGAUUUAGACUAUGAAGAGGAAAUUACGCGUAAUUACAUUGAACGACCAGUAUCAUCUGAUUUACAUAGAAAAUUAUUACUUUCGCCUUGGUUGCCAGAUGAUUCUUUAGUGGAAGCACAUAAUAUUGAUCUUCUACGAUUUCCGGAAGAAGAUGAAGAUCAAUUCUUAAGCUAUCAAGAUAUCGAACAUGUGGCUGAGGACAAAACUUGGGAUUGUCGUCCCAGUCGUAACGAUCCCUUGAAGGUUUUUACCGAUUUUGAGUUUGUUAAAGAUGAAAUUUUAGAUGGGAAAUUUCAUAUCGUCGACUCGGAGAAAGAUGCUGAUAUACUUUUUCUAAGGAAGCAUUUUAAGCGCUACGAUCUUUUACAAAAAGGACAAUAUAUCAACCAAAUUAUGGGAGACUAUGUUUUGACUGCAAAGGAGCUAUGCUCUGUUAUCGCCAGGCGAGAUGCGGAGAAUGGAGCACAGGAAAUAAUUGAUCCUCAGACUCUUAAUGUAACACCCGAUUGGUAUCCAAUUUCUUUUAACUUAUCCACGGAACUGACUCAUUUUAUUGCUUAUUAUAAUUUGAGAGAAGAAAGAGAAUUGGAUAACAUAUGGAUUGUCAACCCAUGGAACUCAUCUUGGAUGGAAGGUUCUAUUAUAACAGAUGACUUGAUUCAAAUCAUUCGUCAAUUGGAUUGUGGUCGUAGGGUUGUCUCCAAAUAUGUAAAAUACCCGUUGACAUUAGAUCUCGGGCGUGAGGAACGUACAAAAAUAAAGCUCGAUUUUAGAUUUUUUGUAUUGGUUCCCGAUGUCUCACCUCUGAAAAUUGGCAUUCUGAGGCAAACUAUUAUUCGUAGAGCAGAGAAAAAUUACCAUCUUGAUUACUUAGAUGAUCAAACAAGACAUACGACUACAACUUCGAACGCAGACAAAAUGGAUACUGAAUCAUUUAUAUUAGCUCUGAAACAACAAUAUCCCCAAUUAAACUGGGAUAAAGUCGAAAAUGAAACUCAUUCUGCCAUAUUCAAAUUAUUUCAGUCUUCCACAAAAAAAAAUUUCCCUAUGGGAUUGAAGUCUUCUCAGCAUUCAAAACCGAUAUAUGGCGUUGAUGUGGUCUACGAAACAGCUCUUGAAAAUGAAAUUGUAACGGAAUUAAAACCUAAAAUUAUAAAAGUGACAUCUGACAUCGACUUGAGCUAUCUAAUUGAAAACUCUCCGACUUUGUUGAGUGAUUGCUUUUCGGCAUUAUUUCUGCAGGAAACAAAUAAUAUUAACUUUGUUUGGCUGGAUUGA